UGGAAAGCUCCGCGUUUGGCCGCAGCUUGUUGGAAUUAUUAUUAUAAUAAUACUGCAGAGCCGCCCUUGCAUUGUCGACGCAUGCUCCUCGCUAUCGAGCAAAUUGCAUAGUGAUGUCGUCGGCAAGACUUAUCCUUGGCCGGGCACGGUCAUGUCGCCCAUCGGCAAUCGCAUCAUGUCGAGUGCCACAGCGAACGACCUAUACAGGUCACUUCAUGAGCGUCGGAGUUCUCGCCCGGCAAGCUUAUCACCCGCCGCUAUUCCUGAACCGAAGAACAUAUUCGAAUGGACGUCGUCCGCAGCCUCCUGGUGGUACGCAUCGGAUGGAUUUGGGAGGUGGCGAUGAAAAGUCAGCCUUGGAUCAAUACGGGGUUGAUCUCACCGCAAAGGCCAAAUCUGGAAAGCUUGACCCUGUAAUUGGAAGAGACGCGGAAAUACACAGAACAAUUCAGGUUCUUUCCCGCCGAACGAAGAACAACCCUGUCCUCAUAGGCGCUGCAGGUACCGGAAAGACAGCAAUUUUGGAAGGCCUUGCGCAGCGAAUUGUUCAGGGUGAUGUGCCGGAGAGUAUCAAGAAUAAAAAAGUCAUAGCACUGGAUUUGGGCUCCCUGAUUGCAGGAGCGAAGUUUAGAGGUGACUUUGAGGAACGACUGAAAGCAGUUUUGAAGGAGGUCGAAGAUGCUCAAGGCGGUGUUAUUCUCUUCAUUGAUGAGCUACAUACCCUUCUCGGCCUUGGGAAAGCCGAAGGUAGCAUUGAUGCGAGUAAUCUGCUGAAACCAGCACUGUCAAGGGGCGAACUUCAAUGCUGUGGUGCCACCACUUUGAACGAAUAUCGAUUGAUUGAAAAAGACGUGGCUUUGGCGCGACGUUUCCAGCCUAUCCUGGUCAGUGAACCUUCGGUAGCUUCCACGAUAUCAAUUCUACGUGGGAUCAAAAACAAAUACGAAGUUCAUCACGGUGUACGAAUCACCGAUGCAGCAAUUGUGGCUGCUGCUACAUACAGCAACCGUUAUAUCACGGACCGUUUCCUGCCAGACAAAGCCAUUGACCUAGUGGAUGAAGCCGCAUCAGCACUUCGGCUACAACAGGAGUCUAAACCAGACUCUAUCCAAGAACUGGACCGAGAAAUUACCACCAUACAAAUUGAGUUGGAAUCGCUCAGAAAAGAAACGGACAUUACGAGUAGGGAACGCCGAGAGAAGCUGCAGGAAACGUUGAAAUCAAAACAAGAGGAGGUUUCAAAGCUUAUGGAGACCUGGAAUAAAGAGAAAGAAGAAAUCAAUCAAAUCAAACGAACUAAGGAAGAACUGGAGCAGUCUCGUUUUGAACUUGAAAAGGCACAGCGUGAAGGCAACUACGCCAGAGCGGGUGAGUUGCGGUACUCUGUGAUACCAAGUCUAGAGGAAAAGCUACCCCAAGAAGGAGCUGAAGUCAAGGAUGAUCAGACUUUAAUCCACGACUCCGUCACUGCCGAUGACAUUGCAAAUGUUGUCUCGCGGACCACUGGCAUACCUGUCACAAAAUUGAUGGCAGGAGAAGUCGAAAAACUGAUUCAUAUGGAAGAUACCCUGCGCCAAUCUGUACGCGGUCAAGACGAAGCACUUUCAGCUGUGGCAAACGCUGUUCGAAUGCAAAGGGCUGGCCUGAGUGGUGAAAACAAACCACUUGCGUCUUUCAUGUUCCUGGGUCCCACCGGUGUUGGAAAGACGGAACUUUGCAAGAAGAUGGCCGGCUUCCUUUUUUCAACAGAGAGUGCGGUUUUGAGGUUCGAUAUGAGCGAGUUUCAAGAGAAACACACGGUCAGCCGGCUGAUUGGCGCUCCUGCUGGAUAUGUCGGCUACGACGACGCCGGUCAACUUACUGAAGCGGUGCGAAGAAAACCAUAUGCCGUGUUGUUAUUUGAUGAGUUCGAAAAGGCUCACCGAGAUAUAUCAGCCCUCUUGCUACAAGUUCUCGACGAAGGAUUUCUUUCUGACUCCCAGGGCCACAAGGUCGACUUCCGUAACACAAUUAUUGUCCUCACAUCCAAUUUGGGGGCUGAUAUCUUGGUUGGAUUAGAUCCCUUGCAUAAACACGAAAUCUCUGACGAAGGAGAUGUUCCAACUCAUGUGAAGAAGGCUGUAAUGGAUGUUGUUCAAGCAGCAUACCCUCCAGAGUUUCUCAAUCGUCUCGACGAAUUUAUCAUAUUCAAGAGAUUGUCAAAGAGUGCCCUACGAGACAUUGUCGACAUCCGACUGAAGGAACUGCAGGCAAGACUUGAUGACCGACGAAUGACAAUCCGAGUCGACGAGGAAAUCAAGGAAUGGCUUUGUGAAAAGGGUUAUGAUCCACGUUACGGUGCCCGUCCCCUCAAUCGUCUCAUUGCGAAAGAAAUUGGCAACCGACUGGCCGAUAAAAUCAUACGAGGUGAAGUCACCGCCGGACAAACCGCUCGAGUAAAAUUCAAUGACGACAAGAGCGGUUUAGAAGUCGUUCCUGCCUAAUUACUAGUACCAAGUUAUGUGUAAUAUGAAUUGCAUGCGUGGCGUUCUCAAUAUUUGGUGCAAUUUAUCAAUUCUGCUGGAUUGGAAGGGUCUGUGGCAGGUGUACAAAAUGUGUUUGUAUUGAUAGUGUAUAGUAUUCGCAUCGUCUCCUCUCUGAGAUCUUUGCCCAUUCGUAAUAAUGAUAAUUCAACUCUUAUUCACGAUCGUAAAA